AUGUGGGGCAGAAUCGCAUUCACCUUCCCUGUCGCUGCUGCCUUUCCAACACUACUUUCCCGUUCAAGGAGUGCACCUCUGAACACAGUCCUCGUUGUGCCUCUGGUCUCUUCCGGGAUCGGCUUGGGGCGACUUACACGACUUUGGCCUGAGCAUCUUGCGGCCGCCACGGCCAACCUCACUCGAAUACGCUCGCUGAAAAUCCACAGUCGCGUGACUACACAACUUCGUGGCUUCUUCACCCAUCCCUUGACUAUUCCUUCGCUCAAAGACUUGGAACUUCGGCUUGAGUGCGGUGGCCUGCCUUACACGCGCCCAAGACUUUUUGAAUCGCUCGCCCAUGGAUCUGCACCGCCCAGUGCGAUCCGGCAUGCUGCCAUGCCCACUGGUGCCUGCAAUGUUGCGAUUGAAGGUCCCAACGUCAGCUCGGCGCUAGUAGAACUUCGCGUACUGCGCAAGGGAUUAGCGGGAGGUGUCGGCGAUACCAUGCGCCCCACCUUGAGACUUCGCCUAUCCAACCUUCACCGCCUGGAACUUCGCGUGUAUGACUCCCUCACGACGGAGAUCAGCGACUUCAGCUGGGUGGUCUCGCUGCUACGCACAGCACCCUUGCUGGAAAUGCUCUCACUCGAUCUCCAGAUCGAUAGAUGUGUAUUGCGAUGGGAUAAACUCUUUGAUGGAGUUCCUAGCCGCCUUCUGCGCCUCAGGGAGCUUGCGCUCAAGGACUGCAGUUCCAUUGAUUUUACUCCCUUCAUUGAACAAGUUUGUGACGAGCCUCCUACAUCUAUCACUGCAAUGUGCGGUGCACUGAGAGGUGCGGAACUGGACGAGAACGCAUCUCAAAGCUCGCAGAACUUCAUCACCAACUUCGGACGUUAUCUUUUGCAUUCUGGCCAUCGAGCCCUUCACAUCUCCACCUCACCCGCCCGUAAUAUGGCAGGCAGUAUGCGCAUGGUCGGUGUGCAGUCACUCCCUGCUCUUCCAGACUUUUACGACUGUGACGUUGAGUGA